CAACAUGACACUGGCAUUGGCACUCAUGCUUUGUGUGGUGAAUGAUGGGACAAUAGCCGCUCAUAUGACGAUGAGCCCCUCUGGCUAUUCAUAGCUAUCGUCCACAGCUACGUCUAGUUGUUGUCGGCUGGAGUGUGUCUGUGUGCAAGCGAUUUCAAGAAAAAAACAAACAAAAGAAAGCUCAAGAUGUGGAAACGAGAAAAAAUGUGGAUGAUUAAGCCACCAGCUGAGCACCCAAAGGAGUCAAAAUACAGGCCUGUGCUGGAGAGUUUACUCCCCCGUGACCCAAUGAGCAGGUUUAAUCUGAAGAGAAGCUCCCCUAAAGAUGAGUUCCCAAACCUGGACAGAAACCACACCCUGAUGGGCCGGAUCCUCAACCUGCACAUGUACAUGCGCCAGUUCAACCGGGCAACUGAAAGCGGCGUCAUUUUUGAUGAUAUCAUACGCCCCGGACUUGAGGAUCCGGGUCAGUCCACUGGACCGAAAGCAGUGGGUUGUUUAGCAGGGGAUGCUCAGUCGUAUAUUCUGUUCUGUGACUUCUUUGACCGUAUUAUCGAGUCUUACCAUGGCUACAAGGUCACCACUGACACUGUUCAAGAGAGCGACUUCAAUUAUGACAACCUGAAGGGUGGUGAUGACUUUGAUCAAGCAUAUGCUAUGAGUUGUGAGGUGACUGCAGGCCGCAGCAUUGAGGACUACUGCUUCCCUAACUGCUUCCCCACACACUACAGCAGAGGAGAGCGCAGACAGCUCCUCACGCUGGCAAAAAUAGUUUUAGAGCAGCUGGGUGAGGAUCUGCCUGGAAAGCUUUACUCCAUAGAUGAACUCAGCCAUGAGAGUGAAGAUCGCAGGGCUGUGAUGGACUCUCCACCAUUGUCUUUGAUAAAGAUCGGUGUGGCUCGUGACUGGCCCGAUGCAAGGGCCCUGUGGUUAAGUGAGGAUGGGACCCUGGCUAUUUGGGUGAACAUGGAAGACCAUCUGAAACUGGUGUCUUACCGAAGUGAUGCCUGUUUACAAGAGGCAUUUAAAACGAUCUGCAUCAAUGUGCUGAAGAUGGAGACACUAUAUAAGAAACUGAGACAUCCAUUUAUCUGGAAGUCUCACUUGGGCUGGGUGGUCAGCUCACCUGCAGAGGUCGGCACAGGCCUGAAGGCAAGCGUCACAGUGAAACUGCUGCAUCUAGCCGAGAACAAACGCCUGGAUGACAUCCUGGACAGACUACGACUUCAGAUGGAAGCAACUGGCUGUCCUGGCAUCUACAAAAUCAGCAACCUGCAGACCAUUGGUGUUAAUGAAGUGGAGCUGACCCAGCUAGUAGUGGAUGGGGUCAAACUUCUCAUCCGAAUGGAGAAAAGACUGGAAAACAACAGUGGCAUAGAUGACCUGGUACCUGCUCAGAAGUGAAGCGGCCAUCAGGCUUGUUUUAGUGAGAACUGUAAAAUCCCAUUGUUCUCAUCAACACUAUGAUGAAAAAGGGACUUUGCAACACGUUUUCUUGAUGUUUGUAAAAUGUUGUUGAUGCUAGUUGUUUGGUGAAUCUCAUGAAGAAACGUCUAGAUUAUAUUUCACCCUAUUCUACAUAAAGACAAUGAAGCCUAUUUUAGGCUCAUUACAAUCUUCUCACUAAGCCAUUACUGACACAUUGCCUUGAAAAUGUCACAAUACAGAAUUGUAAUAGCCUUAAUUCUCUUUAAUAUGUAAUAUAUUAUUUUUUCUGGGUCUGAAAUAUGACCUAGGCGAUUCAUUGAACUGAAAACUACAUUUAGGAUUUUCGCUGCAUUUGAGUUUACAGACUCCUUUCACAGUCAGCAGUAUUUACUACCUGUAUAUCCUAAGCAUAUAUGAUCAUCUGCAAAAUAGAGGACUACAAUGUUCAGUUGGUUAUCAAGAACAACAAAAAUACAUGAUGUAAUGAUUGCAAUGAGGUAUGCGAUAUACUUUAAAAAAGGACACAAGACGUUUUAGUUCAAAGACUCAUUUCAAGUAAGCUUUAAUGUGCUCCAGUGGGAUUGAACCACAGUGGCCCAAGGGAUUUUUCCACAAAAAUGUACAGUACUAUGUCCAGAGAAAAAAUGGGAUGAGUGUGUGGAAGAGUUUAAUUGCAUUUUUUGGAGAUCCUCAGCCUUCAGCUUGCUUCCCAUCCAAACGGUUUCAUCCAUACAGCCUUUAAAAAAAUAAAAAAAUAAAAUGUACCGUCACAAAAUGGAACAUCACAGUUGACAUUCGAACAUUCAAUUCCUCUCUGAGCUUUAAUCACAGCUUUACCCUUUAAUAUUUUUAGCCACUAAUCCUUUUUCUCAAACUACGCAAACUUGACCUCAUCUUCCCUUAAAAGUGUGCAGUCACAACCUCUUUAGUCAGCAUAACAGUGAAACAACAUAGACAGCAUUGCACAUUUAACCUUCGAUAUUUCAGUACAAAAGAACUAGUAGAAAGUACCAGUACGAGAGGUCGUAACCCAUCUUCAUCACCACCACUUAUUACAAAACAAAUAACGGUUUAC